AGUUCGCGCCCUUAGUUACCAAUUCUUCCCAUGAUGCAUCGCUUCAAGGAGAGCUUUAAGAUAUUUAGUUAACGCUAAAUAACAUUCUAUAACAAAAUAAUAUUCUUUUGAAAGGAAGUAAGUAUUUUUUAUCUCCUUUCUAUACUCUGUUUUUAAUCACAUAUCCGGAAAACUGAUCACACUAACGUGUUUCAACCCCGUUAGCGGUAGAUACUGACAGCAGCUAACGUUAGCUUCUCAGUUUAUGAGCUUUGUUCUUUCAGCUGCGGACUGCAAACAUGUAUAUUUAAAAAAAAAAAGGUAUAUGGAAGCAAACACAACCCGAAGUCUUAAGUUUGCACAUUAAUAACGAUGGAGAAAGAACAACAGAGCUUCAUAAUCUUUAAUGCUUCUAAAAGAGAGCUGUUUGGCAUCAACAAUGGCUACAAGUACAUGCAGAAGAGACUCAGAGCGCAGUGGAAGAUCCAGAGUAUAAAGGAAGAACUGUCUGUAGAGAAGCUGAAGGGUGUGAAGCUGUGGAUAACUGCCGGCCCAAGGGAGAAGUUCACAGCAUCAGAGCUGGAGGUGCUGAAGCACUACCUGGAUGGAGGAGGAAACAUGCUGGUCAUGCUUGGAGAGGGAGGAGAAAUGAAAUAUGACACAAACAUCAAUUUCCUCCUGGAGGAGUUUGGAAUAAUGGUCAACAGUGAUGCUGUAGUUCGGAAUGUGUACUACAAAUACUUUCACCCCAAGGAGGCCCUGGUGUCCAACGGCGUGUUGAACAGAGAAAUCAGUCGAGCUGCCGGCAAAGUGGUAACCGGGGUGAUCGAGGAUGAAGCUAUUGGAAACAACACACAGGCUCUGACAUUUGUGUACCCUUUUGGAGCCACACUGAGCGUGAUUAAACCUGCUGUGGCUGUUCUGUCAACCGGCUCCGUCUGCUUCCCGCUCAACAGGCCUGUCCUGGCCUUCUACCACGGAAAGGAGUCUGGCAAACUGGCCGUUUUGGGUUCCUGCCACAUGUUCUGUGAUCAGUACACAGACAGGGAAGAGAACAGUAAAAUAAUGGACGUUGUGCUUCAGUGGCUCAUGUCAGAAAACAUUCAGCUGAAUCAGAUCGAUGCAGAGGAUCCCGAGAUUACAGACUACACAAUGCUGCCAGACACGGGCCGCUUAUCGGAACAGCUGCGAGUGUGUUUACAGGAGGGAGACGAGAACCCGCGGGACUUCACCUCCCUCUUUGAUAUGUCUUUGUUCAAUUUGUCGCCCCACAGUUUACCAGAAGUCAUAAGUUCCUUUAAGCAGCUCAAUGUGAAACACGAGCCGCUUCAGCUCAUCACUCCACAGUUUGAGACGCCGCUGCCUCAGCUUCAGCCUGCUGUCUUUCCACCUGCGUUAAGUGAGUUGCCUCCUCCCAUGCUGGACCUGUUUGAUCUCGAUGAAACGUUCUCCUCUGAGAAAGUACGACUCGCCCAACUUACCAAUAAAUGCACAGAUGAUGACCUUGAGUUUUAUGUACGCAAAUGUGGUGAAAUUCUGGGUGUGACACCGAAGCUGGAUAAAGAGCACAGGGACGCCAAGCACAUCCUGGAACACAUUUUCUUCCAGGUGGUAGAAUUCAAGAAACUUAACCAGGAACAUGACUUCGACCCAGAGACCCAAUUCACUCCACUCUGAUCAGAACCACAAUCACGUCAAGACUUUUUCCUCAUGGUUUCAAUAUAAAAACUACAUGGAGACCAAGACUGUAAACAAAUGUUAUUUCACACUGCAUUUUAUUUAAUGGAAACAAAUGUGUUUACUUUAUUAGACUACACUUUAUAAAAAUUCUGUAAUUUGACCCUGA